AUGUCAAGUUUGGAGGAGCCUCUUGGCCAUGACAAGCUACCAAGCAUGAGUACCAUGGACAGAGUUCAGAGGUUUUCAUCUGGUUGUUGCCGUCCACAAGUAGAUAAUUUGGGUAUGGGAAACUGCUUUAUUGAAGGACGAAGUUGCAGCACAUCUAAUAGCUGCAAUGAAGACAAUGAGGAUUACACAGCAGAAACAUACCCUUGGAAAAGGCAAACAAGAGACAUGUCCCGAGGUGACUCUUUCAGUCCAAGGACCAUGACAACAGGGAGAAACACGUUGAAAUCUGGAAUCGUUGACAAUUCAUUUUAUACCUCAGAUUACCAGUAUAGUCAAAAGCGUAAUAACAAAGACAUGCAAGAUAUGGCAUAUAAGUUUAUGAAAGGUAUGCCUGAGUUUGUUAAGAUAGUUGAAGUUGGACCAAGGGAUGGAUUACAAAAUGAGAAGAACAUUGUACCAACAGAUGUAAAGAUUGAAUUGAUUCAUAGACUAGCAUCUACUGGGUUAUCUGUCAUUGAGGCUACUAGUUUUGUAUCUCCCAAAUGGGUCCCACAGUUGGCUGAUGCAAAAGAUGUGAUGCAAGCAGUUCAUAACCUGAGAGGCAUCAGAUUGCCAGUUCUGACUCCUAAUUUAAAGGGGUUUGAAGCUGCCGUUGCUGCUGGAGCUAGAGAAGUAGCUGUUUUUGCAUCAGCUUCUGAAUCUUUCUCAAAAUCAAACAUUAAUUGUAGUAUUGAAGAGAGUCUUUCCCGCUAUCGAGCUGUCACUCGUGCUGCCAAAGAGCUCUCAAUUCCAGUUCGAGGGUAUGUAUCAUGCGUUGUUGGAUGCCCAGUUGAAGGACCAGUUCCUCCAUCAAAAGUAGCUUAUGUAGCUAAAGCACUAUAUGAUAUGGGUUGUUUCGAAAUCUCACUUGGUGACACAAUUGGGGUAGGCACACCAGGCACCGUAGUUCCAAUGCUUUUGGCUGUAAUGGCUAUUGUACCAACAGAAAAGCUUGCUGUCCACUUCCAUGACACAUAUGGGCAAUCCCUUCCAAAUAUUCUUGUCUCCCUCCAAAUGGGAAUAAGUGCAGUGGAUUCUUCAGUUGCUGGUCUUGGUGGCUGUCCAUAUGCUAAGGGGGCAUCAGGAAAUGUAGCGACGGAAGAUGUUGUGUACAUGCUGAAUGGACUUGGUAUCAAAACCAAUGUUGAUAUUGGAAAGCUCAUGUCAGCUGGCGACUUCAUCGGCAAGCAGUUGGGGCGCCCUUCUGGCUCAAAGACUGCCAUUGCCCUUAACCGAGUCACUGCUGAUGCUUCCAAGAUAUGAUAACAUCUAUAUAUAGAUUUAUAUAUUGUACCAUAAUAUACAUCCAGGUGAUUCAACCAAUGGGAUAUCAUUCUAUAUGUUUCAUGUGUAUUUUAUUUUUUUCAGAGUUAUAGAAGAACAAAAUGUCCACUCACGUUGAUGAGUUAGGAAAUAGUAAUGCAUAUAAUGUGCCAAUAGCAAAUGCAAGCUUCUCAUUUUGAGUCAAAGCUUGCAAUUUUUAUACAACCAUCCAUCAUGCACUAAGUUGUGUAUGAUGUAUAGUUAGCUAGAUGACUCAAUAUGAACUCUAAAUAUAGAGCAAAGAAAAUAUUAUAUAUAAUUUUAAAGGUAUUCUGUAAAGUGGAGAUUGAUAAAUUUUAUCUCCAUUUUGAAGGUAUUCUGGAAAGUGGAGAUUGAUAAAUUUUAUCUUUUUGCAA